AGUCAAACAGACUAAUCCUUUGAGGUAGUGAGUCUGUUGACAGAUUUCAAUCAAUGUAACUAUUAGGGUCAAUUGAAAAACUUAAAACGGGUGUUACACGUAGGCAGGAUGGCGUGAAACUGGUGACUUUUUUGGUAGUGUUGCGCCUAUUUUGAAAGUCAGAAGAAACAGAGGACUUCAUAAAGCAUUUGUCGUUCAGGGCUAACGAUGUCCGUAGCGUAUAUUUUCCUGGUCCUUCUUAUUACCUUUUUGGAUCCAGUGUAUUCACAAGAUGCAUGCGUCACCGAUUUUCAAACAGGCAAAAGGAUUUUGGUUGUAAAUGGCGUCAUACCUCUGGAAAACACGGCUGCUCAAGACCUUGCCAGCUGUAAGGGAGCUUGCUGUGGUAGGCAAGACUGUUCUGCCGCCGUUUACAAUCCCACUUCCGAGAUGUCAGAAAACCAGUGCAUUCUGUAUCAGUGCCCCACGAAUGGGUGUCAAGGUGCCAUCAACGAGGCGGAAUCUAGUAACGUCAUCACAAUACUGAGACAACAAGCGAGCACCACUACAACAUCUUCCUCUCCUGCACAGCAAGAACCUACAACACCUUACCCGAUACCACCACUUCCAGUGGCCACAAAUGAGUCCAAUUCAGUUCCAACACCCACAGUUUCACCUCCUGUUCCUGAACCAAAUCCUACGCCGUCUAAUACAGCUGCUCCAUCCUCUGUCAGUGUCCAAGGAGUUCCCUCUUCCACGAAUCAAAUAACACCCAGUCCUCCAACAGUGAUAAACAAUAGAACCUCACCGCAGCAGACACCAACCUUGACACCUUUGACUGGGGGACAGCCUGCCAUAGCGGGUACAACAAACACUUCUUCAACAGGUGUGACUCCUCCAGUAACCCAAACCCCCAUUGCCAGCGACCAAGGAAAUGUUCCAUCAACCGCACCACCAGUUCAGACGGCAACAAAUGGCACCACGGUGACGGUGAGCCCAGCAGUCUCACCAACAGCCCAAAAUGACACUGCUAAUAGUCCACCAGGUGAGCCAACAGCCCAGGCUGGCACAACAAACAGCGCAACAGGGGCGCCAACAGUCCAGGCUGGAACAACAAACGGCCCAACAGGCGCGCCAACAGCCCAGGCUGGCACAACAAACAGCACAACAGGGGCGCCAACAGCCCAGCCUGGAACAAGCAGCGCAACAGGGGCGCCAACAGCCCAGGCUGGAACAACAAACGGCCCAACAGGCGCGCCAACAGCCCAAACAGGUGCAACCAGCAACCCGACAGGAGUGUCAACAACUCAAACUGCUGGCACAACAGAAAGAAGAACUACAUGGUGGUGGCCUUCUACCACUGGGGGGACGGGCACUACUUGGAGCACACUGCCUUGGGAUAUUUGGGGUGCUGUUACUGAUGGAACGACAGCCACAACUAUGAGCUGGGGGUUUGUCAACACAAACACGCCAACACCAGCACCGUCACCGAGUACAACUGGUAAUUCUGUUGCAAAUGAGGGAUCGGAAGAGAGCAACGUAGGGUAUAUCGAUGACGGACACGACACAAGUGCCAUGACGGGUGCCCUGGUCAUCGCAACUAUUUUUGGAAUAUUAUUUGUGGUAGUGGUAAUUGGAAUCAUCGUCAAGAAAGUCCACGACAGCUAUAGGAAAAGGAAUUAUAGAAGAGUUGACGAUAUGAUGGACGAUAUGUACGACGGGACCCCAUGACUAUAUGGCAGCAAGGGGAGCGAAUAUGAUGAAUAUGAUGAACUUCUUCAUUAGAAACUGACUUAUUCUAAACAUUUCUUGUGCGGCAGUUAAUACGUGUACACGAAUAUAGAUGGUACUGUGACUAAAAAGGUAGCUGAGACCACGUGUUUCGCAGCAAAGUUGUAUAUAAACUGUUUAUGAUCUGUGAUACAGCUACUUUCAGUGCUUUGUGUGUUAGUUUCUGUGGCAUAACUGUGCUUAUCAUUAGACAUGUCAAUCUACGUUAACGGUCCGUAAAGGUAGCUUCUCUGGGUAAAAAAUGUUAUGUUGCAUUUAAAUGAGAGGUGACGUUAAUUUCACGAACCUAGACAAUUCCUGAAGUGAAAUUAAACACCGGGUCUUCCUUUUGUAGAUAUGGUUAAUAUAACGACGACUACAUACAACGCAUAUCAUAUUUAUGUCAUAUUUAUAUCAUGCAUUAAAUUAAUAAUAAAAAUAUAUUAGUCGGUGGCUAUAUGCAUGUAUUAAAUGUGAUGGAGGAUAAAAUUUGUCUUUCCAUGUA